UUUUCUUCGUAUCUUGUCCGUCUGAUAAUUGCGACCUGUAGCGCGGCGGAUCCACAUUUUCCACCCGUUGUUUAUUGUUGGAUGACACAUGAUUUUUCGACUUGUCAGUGCGAAACCUGAUGGUCCUCUUCUGGUCCGACCAGCCAUCCUCCUCCCCGAUGUCUCCGUCAGGGACAACGCUUUGCAUCUUCAAUAACAAAUACCUCAAACAAUAAGGAACACCAUCGACGCGAGAUGCAUUCUCUUUCCGAACUUUCUACCCUCUCUCUGCGUCUUUUUACUCGGACAUAACCACGCGUCGUCUCGCUUCUCCCGUAGAAGUGCGACUCUGUUGUGCCUGGUUCCGGGCACAACUGUCAUAACACAGCGCGAACAACAAAACGCGACGGUCGGCUCGGCGUAAUAAUGUCCUCCGUCCGGGAUACGCUUUUUGUUACAUGACACAUGUGUCGAGAUCGGCUCUGCGAAACUGCGUCAAGUUUUCCACACAUUCAAGAUUAUAUAUUUUAUGAAUUAGAUUGUAUAAACAACAGUCGAUAAUAACAGAAUUUUAAUAAUCGACUGUCGAUAAGAUAUUUAAGAUAAUAUGUCAUAAUGACAGACACUUCCUUAGUUACGAAUCUGAUUUGAAUCAACAACAGUUUAGCAUGCGAGUAGUUUCUGUGCAUGUUUUUUUCAGAAAGUUUUAUAAAAUAUUGUAUAAAAUUAAUAAAACUUUAAAUAAAAUAUUGUGCGAUACAAAAUUCCACGAUGGAUCCAUCGAUCGAAAGCAAUAACGCUGUAUCUCUCGAUAAUGAAUUUAAAGCUGAUGACAGCAUGGAACGACCGGGAACUAAAUUCAGAAAGAAAUUGUGGAUAGACAAUACGAAGUCUUCGAAUGUGCCAAACGUUCUGGAUCCAGAUGACUCCUUGAUGAAGAAAUUCCAGAAUGCCCUGCGGGAACAUCUUGUCCGUAUUGACGAUAAAUUGAGCAGCGAGAUAUUAGAUCUUGAGGCAAAAAUAAAAUAUAUAGAAAAGGAACACGAAACAGAGGGCUUGCAAUUGUACAACGCCCAGCAAGAGAUAGCACAGCAGCAAAUGACAAUAGAAAAAUACCAAAGUAUGAUAGCAAAUAUAAUUUUAUUGCGCGAGGAGAAGGACGCCUGUGUAAGGGAAGCGAAAGACUUUCGUAAGGCGGCCCAUGCAAAAUUGCUGGACGAAAGGACGAAAGAGAAGAACCGCGGGCAGGAGCUGGAGCAACUUGCAAUUUUGCAAACACAAUUCACGGAAUGGCAGAAGGAGCUCGAAAGCGAUUUGGCCGUCUCUAGACAAGUGUCUAAAAAAGACAGGGCGAUUCAACGGGACCUGAUUGCACAGAAGCAGCAGAAGGAUUUUAUAAUAUUUCGUCUGAUGGAGGAGAUAUGGAGGAUCAAGAGCGAGAUAGCCAAUCUGGAUGCACAGUUGCAGCUGAAGAAUAAGGAGAGGAUCGAGAUCAAUCAGAUGAUCGCCGACGUCAACGCCGACCUGGAAGCAUUGCACAAGCAACAUAUGAAUUUAUGCAACGCCUGGAAUUCCGUCGUGCUUAAUAUCACUAAGCGGAAUAAGGUUUACGAGCAAUUAAACGCGGAACGCGAGAAAAUAUGCGAGUCCUUCACCACAAUGCAUACAGAGAUAGAGAAAUUGAAGAAGGAGACUCAGAAGGAAGCUGAGAAUAACGAGAAUUUGACCUCGUUGCAUUUACGAAUAAAAGACAAUAUACAGAUUAAUUCAAAGCUGAUGGAAGUGGAAAAUGAUAAACUUAAUAAUUUGCAAUCUGAAUUAGUGAAAAUGGCAAAAUUCAGCGAGCACGAACAACAUGAAUUUGACCUGAUUAAUAAUAAGUGGCAAUAUUUGUUACACGAAGAAGAAGAAAUUGAUAAAGAAUUCGCCAAAUUUUUGAACAAGCAAAACGAGUUGGAAAAUACAAUAUAUAGCAAGCUGGAGGAAAAAGUUGCACACGAUAAAGCGGCUCGAUAUUUGAAUAAAUUAUUAGUGGAUUCUAAAGACAGAAUACAAGAACAAGAAUUGUCACUGGUGGAAACAGAAAAUUCAUAUGGCAAAAAAUUAUUGGAAUUAGAACAGCUCAAUGCGUACAUAUCUCACGAAAAGACGGAAUUAGAAGAACUUUUGCAAAGUAACGACAUGAAAGGGAAAGAGAUAGAUGAGAUUCAGAAAGAGAUCAAGAAACACGAUGUCACAAUCGAGAGAAAACAAAUAAAAAUUGCCACCUUGACUAAAACCAUUGAGGAGAUAUUAACACAUACUGGUGGCGAAGAAAUGAAUCCGCUCGACAUGAAAAUAAUGACUUUGGAAAAAAAUAUAGAAGAGAUACAGCAGGAUAAUAAAAAGUCACAGCAAUUCUGGAUUCGACAAGAGGGACACAUGAUUACACUGAGCCAACAAAGGGACUUACAGUUGCAGGAACUCAAUCUUCUUAACAAGGAAAUUAUGAUUAUGGAUCAAAAGAAUUUGAAACUGGAGCAUACCCUGGAAAUGCUCGAUAAGGAAGAUUCAAAUAUGCAGAGAAUAUUAAAUCUAUUGCAACAAAGAUUGGUGCAGAUGAAUGCACAAUUAGUUAUACAAAAAGGACUGAAAGAGGAGCUGGAGGACAAAAAUUCUAUUAUGAAAAACGAGGGUGUACAGUCUCUCGAGGAUGCAGAAUUAAAUCUAAUAAAGAUGCAGAGUGAUUUAAAGCAGUUAUACGAGGAAAAAGCAUUUUUGAAAGAUAAUCUAGAAACUGUGCAACAAGAGAGUUUAUCGUGGGAGAAAAAAGUGCAAUUAAUGCAAGAAACGACGAAGAAGAUGAAGGAUGAACGUACAAACGGUGGUGAUAUUGCUGUAAUGAAAAGCGAAAUUCACAAAAUGGAAAUGCGUCUGUCACACUUGCGCAGGAUACAGGAAAAAUUGAUCCAUGAUAUGGAGUUUUGUGUCGCGCGAAGAGAUAUUAUAUUGGACAAAGUUAUGAGCAAGUUCAAGAAAGAUCCAAAGGGACAACACAAUCAGAAAGUUAUAUUCUGCAAACGCCUCGCUGAUCAGAAAUUGAAGAUAAAACAAAUCGCGAAGGAGACAAAGAAAAUUGAAAAUAAAAUAUUCGAACGAGAAUGUCAAAUAAAAGAUACGCUAGACAAGUGUAACGAAUUGCAAGCAACAUUAAAAAUGGUAGGAGACGUUAUCCCAAAUGUGGAUCAGAAGAUAAUGCAAAUGGAAGCUCUUAAAUAUUACAAUUUGCAAGCGUUAGUUUUCAAACAACGAAAAGCUAAAAUGCUUCAAGAUAUUAAAAGCAGUAGAUACAAGAUGCUUUUUAAGAGCGAAACAGCAAUAAAUGAAGAAUUCCAAAACGAACAGAUUCUUCACGAUUAUUUGAAACACGUAAUGGAACGAACGAGCCAAGACUUCCCUUUAUUGAAAAAUAAUAUUCAAAAAAUAUUUUUGACAUUAGAAAUAUUAUAAGAUCCCAGUAAAUGUAAACGAAGAAAUAAAACGAUGGAACAUUAUUCAAUAACACAAUAAUUGUAACAACUUGUAU